AGUUUGGAGAGGAAGCGGAAGGGAGCCGCGAAAAGCAACUAGUAGCGGAAUGGAGGCUGCUGCUGGUGAGCGUGCAGAGCCCGGAAACCUGGCCGGGGUGCGACAUAUCAUCCUUGUUCUUUCUGGAAAGGGGGGCGUUGGGAAAAGCACGAUCUCCACGGAGUUGGCCCUGGCUCUGCGCUACCAGGGCAAGAAGGUGGGGAUCCUAGAUGUGGACCUGUGCGGUCCCAGCAUACCACACAUGCUCCGUGCACAAGGCAAGGCAGUGCACCAGUGUGACAGUGGCUGGGUGCCCGUCUUUGUGGAUCAGGAGCAGAGCAUCUCCCUUAUGUCUGUGGGGUUCCUGCUGGAAAACCCUGACGAGGCCGUGGUGUGGAGAGGUCCCAAGAAACAUGCCCUGAUAAAGCAGUUUGUGUCUGACGUGGCCUGGGGGGAGCUGGACUAUCUGGUCGUGGACACACCUCCAGGGACUUCUGAUGAGCACAUGGCCAUUGUGGAAGCCCUGCGCCCCUACAGGCCCCUUGGGGCUCUUGUAGUCACCACACCACAGGCGGUGGCUAUUGGGGAUGUGAGACGGGAGCUGACCUUCUGUAAGAAGACUGGGCUGCAGGUGAUAGGGGUCAUAGAGAACAUGAGCGGCUUCACCUGCCCACACUGUGCUGAGUGCACCAAUGUCUUCUCCAGCGGCAGUGGGGAGGAGCUAGCCCGGCUGGCUGGGGUUCCCUUUUUAGGUUCUGUCCCCCUGGAUUCCCAGCUUACCAGGAGCUUGGAGGAAGGGCGUGACUUCAUCCAGGAAUUUCCCAGAAGCACUGCAUAUUCUGCACUCACGUCCAUAGCCCAGAGAGUUGUGCACAGGAUGUCUGCCAUGUGCUCCUGACCGCUGGCAGCCUUCUGGUGCUGCGCGCCUGUAAGGCCUGUAGGACUGUCUUGGGACCUGUAGUUGUUGGCCUAGGCAAUGGCUGGACUAUGCGAUUACACCCAUGCAGAGAUCUGCAGGCCCCCGUGUCCUUGGCCGACACUAGCUUCACUAUAGCUAGUCUAUAGCUGAGGGGAUAGCUUGUGUCCUGGUUCCUUGAGAUAAUAGCAGCCUUAACCUCCAGCCUAUAGGCUUUUGUCCAGUCCUAGUCACUUCUGCCCCGCGUCAACAGGCUGCUCUGGUAGCCACACCACACAGUAGCUGGCCAGUGCUUUCUCAUGGAGACUGACCCACACAUGCUGUGUUGUGAGCCUUUUGUGACACUGUGGUUUACAGACACAUCUGGUAACUUUACAGAACUCUGCUAUCAAACAUACCACCCCUUCUUAGGAAGGGCCUAGCGCCCAAACCCUCUCUCCUCAGUGAGACGGUUCUCGAUUCCCCACAUUCCAUGUCUGGAACAAGCAGUAUUAGUAAAGAUUAUAAAGGCCCUGAAGAUGUG